AUGAACUCUGUGAAACCGUUCAACGGCUUAUGUAUAUGUUUUUUUGGACUACUAUCAGCACUAAAAUGUCUCUCAUUAGAAAGCGAAGACUUGAAGCACCUGUCGGAGCGAGAUAUAGUCGAAACAUUAGUGAAACAAUGGGCUCCAUUAGUAUGGCUGGCACCAAAUGAAAAAUAUAUGCCCGGUGACGUAUCUAAAUUUCUUCAGUAUGUCCAUGCCGAGGAGGCAAAAGUGACGACAGUAUACCCAGGCAAUGAAAUUACUGAACUUGAUGAUCUGGACAGCUACGAUAGUAGGUUAGCCAAUGAACUUUCCUAUUAUGAUCCUGUUAUUCAACUACACCAAGGGCGCUUUCGGAAUAAACGUAACUUCAAGGAUCCCUCAGUUUCUCUUGAUCUGCUGUUUGAUUUCCCGAUUGGCAACGAGUCAAAAAGCUGGUACCUGGUGACCAAUAGCAACAUCAAUGAACUGAUUGCAGACAAGGAAUCGUUCCUGUAUGGACAAAACCCACUAAAAGAAAAUGUGCCAAUUUAUGCAGUGAUCAGUACGUGCAAACAACCCCCAAGUGGUCUGCAAAAUACACUUGAGAUAAGUUUGCCAUUUUCAUUGCCAGCAACGACGGUGUCAUACCCAUCAACCCCCAUAUUUCAUAAUAUUAAUUAUAAAGAAAAUGAAGUUACAUAUACUGCAAAGGAUCGACCGUCGUUGAAGCGGAAACUUUAUUCUUCAACUCCAAAGAAUAUAUUUGAAUUACAACCAAACCUGCGGAAAACAAUCAAUGCGGUAGAAAAAAGUAUUCGGUUGAUUCGGAAAAAACGCGAGAUUCUAGAAAGUGCUGAGCAAGUAACUGAUACCACUAUAAGGUCACAUCUGCGUGAAAACGAUGAAUUAGCCACUGCCAAGAAAGGGGGUUUCAAUUUUGAAGAUGGAACAAGUGAAAAUACAUUCAACAUGAACUUAGAUGAAUCGAUAGAAAAUACGCCGCAAAGCGAAGAAAACCAAGAAUGGGAGACAAUAACAGAGCGAAGACAUGACACUUACGAUAAUGAAAAUGAAAUUUCCUCAGAUUAUCCCCACUUUCACGUCACUUAUUGGAUGUUCUACCCGUAUAGUCAGGGCAAAGUAAUAUGUACCAUCGAUUUAGGACCAUUCGGGCCAUGGCCAAUACCGCUAAUAUUUGGAAUAUGUUUAGGCACAACGAAGGAGUUUGGAAGCCACGUUGGAGACUGGGAGCAUAUGAGUCUUUUCUUCCGAGGACGGAAGGAACCUGAUGAGAUGUACGUGUCGGCACAUGAUGCGGGAGCUUUCUAUUCCUACGAAAGGCUUACUGGAACAUUCGAAUACCAUAGACAAGAAACAAGAAAGGGAAUUUUGCAACAACCCUCAUUUCCUAAAACUGUUGUCACAUCUGGAAACCAUCCAGUACUAUUUGCCGCGGAAGGAUCUCAUGGUCUAUGGACUGCACCAGGCAAACAUAAGUUCGUUCGUGUCCCUCGUCUCUACGACAUCAAUGGUUUUGGGUUGCCCUGGUCUACGUGGAGAAAUGUAGAAAUCAUCCACGAAAAAAACCCAAGCGGACGAAGUACCACGCAGCCAAAAUGGAUGAAAUUCAACGGUCGGUGGGGAAAUCCGAAGACCAAAUGUCACCCAUUGAAGAGGAUUGGAUUGCAUAUCUGUGAAUUGACCGAUGGUCCAACUGGUAUUCCUCGUAAAAAACACCACUUCCAAUGUAAAGCUCGCUAGUGAAGUCCGCAUGCUUAAAAUACGUAACGUGUCGUUCAA